GCUCGGCGGGCGGGGCCGGGAGUCACGUGGUCGAUCCAAGAUGGCGGCGCCCAGGGCGCUCCAGCAAUGCAGGGCCUUCGCCCGCCGUCCGUACGGCAGUGCCGCCUCCCCAGACCCUCCAAAGGGCGGCAUCCUUCAAUACCUCUGCAACCGGUUCUAUGACAUCGAAUACCUCGUCGGCUGGAGCGCAACGCUUCGCUACAGAAACCUGCGAAGGAAGAACGCGUACUGUGGUUACAUCAAGGACAACUACGGAGACAACGCUGCCGCCGCCUACUUCGUCCUGUCCCACAGAGGAAGAGUGAGGUUUCAAGGCCAGGAAACCUGGUACUGUGUGGACCGGCGCGGGAAUUUCAGCUACGAUUUCAUAGAGCUCCAAGGCGUGCCCGUGGUGGACAUCGACCUCGCGGGCUCCGUGUUGAACUACAAUGGGCUGGAUAACCUAGUGAAGCUGACGGCGCUGAAAUCCCUGGACCUGAGCCGCUGCCCCAACGUUGACGACUGGACCCUAAGCCGGCUGCAGGUCUUCAAGGACAGCCUGGAGGAGCUCUCGCUGGCUGGGUGCCCCCAGGUCACGGAGCGGGGGCUGGCUUGUCUCCACCUACUCGAGCACCUGCGGCGCCUCGACCUCUCACACCUGCCCUCAGUGUCCACCCCAGGGCUGAUCCGGAUCUUGGUGGAGGAGAUGCUGCCCCGGUGCGAGGUGGUGGGGCUGGCCCCGGCUGCUGGCGCCCAGACGCGCAGGGACGGAAGGGAGGAGCCCGCCGUCCCCAGCGGGGACAGGAGAGCUGGGGAGAUCCCUGCCUGAUGCCUGGCUGCCCUGACGCUGAUCGACGAGGGUGGGAAGAGAUGGCCGCAAGCCGCGCUCCCCUCAGCACCCUCCGAUCACGGACCGGGAAGGACCCCAGCGUGGCCGUAGACUUGUGGGUGUGGCUGGGCGGUCCGUGACCCCCGCUUUGGUCUCCCGUAGGACAGGGCUUGCAAUCGGCAGAACCGCGCUGUGGUCAUUAAAGGCCUCU